CGGAAAUUCUACCGAAUCAGCACGACGUGGUGUUCCACUUCGCAGUAGUGUAUGGUUUCUAGUAGAAUCUUCACCACUUGCUAGACUUUGAAAUUUUCACAGAGAACAAUGCAACGAAUUAUUACUACGUUUUCUCGAAAUAUGGCUUCAUUGAGCCAAGUAAAAAUGAUUGGUGAACGUGGAUCUGGAGCUGGUAAAGGAGGUGGCGGUGGUGGAAGCAUCCGUGAUGCUGGUGGAGCUUUUGGAAAAAUGGAAGCAGCUCACGAAGAUCAAUAUUUCUAUAAUCUGCAAAAGCAACAAAUUCAAAAGCUGAAAGAAGACCUUCAUGAUGAGAUCUCUUUUCAUGAGGAACAAAUCAAACGCCAUCAAGAAGCCAUAAACCGUCACAAAAAAAGAAUCACAGAUAUGGAUGAUAAAUAAACUAAUUCAUCUUACAUCAAUAUAUCUGCAUACUUUCUAAAAAUUAUGUUGCUCUUUCUAAUGAUGUAACUAUUAUAUUAUUACUAAUAGCAAUUAUAGUAGACAUUUAUGUCAGUACAUUUUUUUAAUAUUAUACACAAAUAUAAUAUAGAAUAAUAUAUACAUAUAUAUAUAUUGAAUAAAAGUUGUAAACUAAUAA